AUGAGCAAGUCAUACUUGUGGCAUCUGCGUCUUGGUCACAUUGGCCAUCGUGGACUCGACGCGAUCGUGAAGCAGAAUCUCGGUGUCGGCAUCGACAUUACAUCUGUGGGCAAGUGGGAGCUUUGCAACGGAUGCGCGCUCGGAAAGCAGACGCGAGUGAGUUUUCAGUCAACUACACGUAAACCAGCCAAGGACCUGCUUGACGUCGUGCAUUCCGAUGUAUGUGGACCAAUGCAGACUUCGACAUUUUCCAACAAGCGCUAA